UAACUUGAAGACGACGUCACUGGCAGUUUCUGGAGUCACUUGCCGAGACUGAAGCUAAGCUGAGCCGAGCCCAAGCCUGUCCCACGACCAAGAUGAUUUUGACUCUGCUGCUUGGCCUUGGGGGGUCCUUAGGCUGGGGGCUACUUGGGGCCUGGGCCCAGGCUUCCAGCACUAGGUUCUCUGAUCCACACAGCCCUAGGCUGCCUGGGUCCUGGAGGGCAGAGGCUGAGGACACCGGCAGGGAACACGUCGGACGUAACUGGUGCCCCUAUCAGAUGUCCAAGCUGGUCACCUUCAUAGCUGCUUGCAAAACGGAGAAAUUCCUCGUCCACUCACAGCAGCCGUGUCCACAAGGGGCUCCAGACUGCCAGAAAGUCAAAGUCAUGUACCGAAUGACCCACAAGCCCGUGUACCACGUCAAGCAGGAAGUGCUGACCUCCGUGGCCUGGAGGUGCUGCCCGGGCUUCAGGGGCCCCAACUGCCAGCACCACGAUUCCACGGCGAUCCUUGAGCCUGCAGAUUCAGGUGAUGGCCACCAGGAUCCUGGGGACGGGUCAGCCAGCUUCGAACCUGGCCACCCGGCGGUAGAGAUCAGCGAGGUUGAGGUGCAACAGGAACAGCAGGAACGCCUGCUAGGAGAUCUCCAGGAUGACGUUCACCAGAUGGCAGACAGCCUCCCAAGUCUGAGGAAGGCCCUGGCUAGUAGCCUCACAGCUGCAACCAUGGAGGCAAAUCAGACGGAACUCAAGUUCCCCGGUAGAUCCUUGGGGCAAGAGCUGCCACACGUGGAUGCCUUCUUGCAAGUGCAUUUCAGCCCCCUCUGGAGGAGCUUCAACGAAAGCCUGUACAGCCUUUCCCAGGCCAUAAGAAACCUGUCUCUUGAUGUGGAGGCCAACCGCCAGGCCAUCACCAGGGUCCAGGACAGUGCUGUGGCCAGGGCUGACCUCCAGGAACUUGGUGCCAAAUUUGAAGCCAAGGUCCAGGAGAACGCUCAGAGUGUGGGACAGCUGCGGCAGGACAUGGAGAACCGCCUGCAAGCCCAGCGCCUGACCCUGCACCACUCCCUCUCUGAGGUCCAGGCCGAGGUGGACACCAAAUUGAAGCGGCUGCACAAGGCCCAGGAGGCCCCAGGGACCAAUGGCAGCCUGGUGGUGGCAGCGGCAGGGGCUGGGGCAAGGCCUGAGCCGGAGAGUCUGCAGGCCAGGCUGGGCCAGCUGCAGAGGAACCUCUCGGGGCUGCACGUGGCCACCACCCGCAGGGAGGAAGAGUUGCAGGACAUGAGGAACAUUCUGUCCCGGCAUGAGGAGGAGAUCAAAGAGCUGUAUUCCGAGUCGGAUGAGACCUUCGACCAGAUCAGCAAGGUGGAGCGGCUGGUGGAGGAGCUGCAGGUGAACCACACGGCGCUGCGUGAGCUGCGGGUGAUCCUCAUGGAGAAGUCACUGAUCAUGGAGGAGAACAAGGAGGAGGUGGAGCGGCAGCUCCUGGAGCUCAACCUCACCCUGCAGCACCUGCACGGCGGCCACGCCGACCUCAUCAAGUACGUCAAGGACUGCAACUGCCGGAAGCUCUACCUUGACCUGGACGUCAUCCGGGAAGGCCAGCUCGAUGCCACGCGCGCCCUGGAGGAGACGCAGGUGAGCCUGGACGAGCGGCGCCUGUUGGACGGCUCGUCGCUGCAGGCCCUGAGGAGCUCCGUGGACGCCGUGUCGCAGGCUGGGGCCCCGGCCCUCUACAGCUCCCUCGAGGGCCUGCACGGGGCGCUCUCCGCCACCGGGCGCAGCUUGGAGCAGCACCGGCGGCUCUUCCACAGCCUCUUUGGGAACUUCCAGGGACUGGUGGAGACCAACGUCAGCCUGGACCUGGGGAAACUGCAGGUCAUGCUCAGCAGGAAAGGGAAGAAGCAGCAGAAAGACCUGGACUCUCCCCGGAAGAGGGACAAGAAGCAGGUGGACACACCGCACAUCCAGGGGCAGAUGCAAGGUGCCCUGGGCGCCGAGUUCGGGGAGGCAGGCUCCCCUGUGGCCUUCUAUGCCAGUUUCUCAGAAGGGACUGCCGCCCUGCAGGCACUGAAGUUCAACACCACAUACAUCAAUGUUGGCGGCAGCUACUUUCCUGAACAUGGCUACUUCCGAGCCCCUGAGCGUGGCGUCUACCUGUUUGCAGUGAGCAUUGAAUUUGGCCCAGGGCCAGGCACUGGGCAGCUGGUGUUUGGAGGUCACCGUCGGACCUUGGUCUGCUCUAGCGGACAGAAGGGUGGAAGCACUGCAACCACCUUUGCUAUGGCAGAGCUGCAGAAGGGGGAGAGAGUGUGGUUUGAGUUAACCCAGGGAUCAGUAGCAAAGAGAAGCCUGCCAGGCACUGCACUUGGGGGCUUCCUGAUGUUCAAGACCUGAGCCCCAGGCCCUGUUCUGACCAGACACCUUGGACUUGCCCAGUUCUCCUAGGCCCGGGGAUCCAGUCAGGGAUGAUGUGGAGACCAUCAGUAGCAGCGGUCUGAAUCUUCCCUGGAAACCUCCUUUAGAUACACCGUGGUGUGCGUGAUCUGCUCAUUGCCCUGGGCUUGGCCAUUUCUUCAUGAUGAGAAGGACUGGAACGCUUUUCGGUGGGACCUGCUCCCAGGAGUGCGAGCCUUGGCUUGGUCUGACUCUCAGAUGGCUUGGCCUGGACCCCAACUUUUUGCCACACCCUGUAUUCUACAGCUUCUUUGUUGUUUUGCUCCUCCUGUGGUUGGAGACUUGAAACUGUUCUCUCGUUCCUCCUCUCUUCCUAAUCAUAUGCUACAAAGUCAUUCUUUCCUAGAGGGAAUGUUUAAAAUGAAGCCAACAUUGGCCAAUAUUGGAAACAAGUCUUCAGCCACUACAAAGCAGUGAGAUAAAAUCAACACCUGUUUGACUCAGUCAGAAAUGGAGACAAAGGCCUAGUUGAGUCAAGCAAGGGAAAGGAAAUUAGUAUCUUUUCUUUAAUUUCAGUCAUUCCUUGCAUUUAUGCGUAAUUUUAAUUGCAUGUCUUUUUCUCCUUGCCUCACACAGGGUAAAGGCCAAGAUGUGCCAAGUAUGAACUAAAAUGUGUAUGGCCUUCACCUCUUUUAAUUCCUCUGGUAUCUUAGGACCAUCUUAAUUCUUGUUAGCAUUUAUAAAAAGGAGGGAAAGGAGGGAAGUGAGGGAAGAAGUGAAGGAAGACUGUAAAGAUCCC